CGGUUUUUACCGUUGUAGGUCUCAAUCGUGAAGAUUGUUUCCUGACCAUCAAUUUGCAAAUGCCACAACUGCAAUAAGAGCGGGGUACUUAUUUGUACCGUGAAAGCUUUGUUUUGUGGCGGAGCCAAUUUUUUUGUUGCGCUCGGUUUUAUCUGUUUUUUUUUGUGUCCAUCCUCUCCGUGCCUUUACUUUUAUCACUUUCAGGCAAAGGCCUCAAUUUCCACCAUGGUUCUCUCGUCGGAAAGUGAUGAACAAAAAGACCGGUCCUCGGAAAACCGGCUUUCCUUCUGGGGAUUGGUCUUUGCGAUCAUGGUGACGGCCCUGGGUACUCCGGUGCUCACCUUGCCUUCGACCGCCCGCGAAGUUGGCCCGUGGCCUGCGGUAUUCCUGCUGUUUUUUACUGCAGUAUUGAACUCCGAAUCCGCCCGGCUCGUUGCAGGAGCCUGCGGCUUGCUGGAGAAAAUGGAGACCAGUAGUAUUCACGGGACGAAGGACCACGAUGACGCGCAGAUCGGUGGUGCCGAACCCUUAACAGCGAGCGCAGGUGUGGACGGCCACCUCCGCGAAGACAGCGCCACCUCCGUAGCGCAAGAACGGAAUGAAGUGGGAGAACGCAAGAGUCAACUUCACCAUCAACCAGCUUUCGUUUCGAACUAUGCGGCGUUCGUAAAUUUCUGCUUCCGAGACCAACCCGUGGUCCGGGGCAUUGCCACCGGAGCGACGUUCUUCGGGUAUUUCACCAUGCAAAUCUGUGGCGACAUUGUGCUCGGCAACGCGCUUCUGCAACUGGUGCCGCAGCUGCAGAGCGAGUUGCGGCUGUCGGAGUUCGCUGCCCGUGCGUUUUGGUCGGUCGCCUUUCUGCUGCCGUUGCACUUCUUCCAGGCCUUCUGCAGCGCCGACGUGCGCGAAUUCACGACGAAGCAACUGGCCGGGCUCGUGCCCUACGCCUUCGGUAUGAUUACCCUGAUUAUCCUCGUCGAGCUGCACACGCAAGAGGUCAACGAACACAGCCGCAUUUUGGACUUCUACUCGACGAGUACAACAACUAAUCCAUCAUCAACUGCUGCUCUCAAUGCUGCUGAUGAGCAAAGGAACGAGUCUGACAUCAGUAAAAAUCCACCAAAAGCAAAAGAACGGCUGUUCCUGUCUUCGCCCAAAACUUCAUCUACCCGACAAGAACAUGAAGCGAGCCCGGAAAUUACACCGACAGAGAUAGAAAUUCAGUCGGGGAUUUCGCCCCCUUCCCCGACCGCUGCCUUCGCCGCCGCGUGGCACACGUGGAGGUUUCACCCCUUUGGCAACGUGGACGGCGUGCUGACAUUCCUGCGGGUGGGCGCGGUGCAGAGCUACGCGUUCAUGGCGGCCUCCCUGAUCCCCACGCUGCGCGGCCGCUGUCGCCCGGCCGUGCGGGCGCAAAUCAGCACCGCGUACUACUCCGCCAUGCUGAUCGUCGCAACGGUGUUCUCCUGCAUUUUGCUUUAUUCCUACCGCGUCUGCGGCAACAGCAUUCCGGACGUGGUGUCUAACGCCUUUCGCCGCGACCGCCCGGACAAGUGGUGGUUGAUGGUGUUCGGUUUUUCCACCGACGCCGCACAGCGGGCCGCUGCGACCGACCCGGCGCAGUGCUUCGGGGUGCGGACGGAACUGACCCCCCUACAGCUCUUCCGGGGCGCGUGGCCGCAGAACAAGGCCGCGCCGGGCGGGGGCCCGGAGUACUACGCGCCCUGGAGCAUGGGGGAUCCCACCUGGGUGUCCCGCGGCUUGAACCUGCUCGUGCUGUUCUGCAUGAGCACCUGCGAUUUGCUGUACGUCACCAACUUCUUCACGUCCUCGGAGGAGCAGUGCCACUGCCUGCGGACGAGUCGCUGGGCGAACGCCGGCUUUCGCAUCAGCACUAUUUGCGGCCGCGUGCUCUGUUCCCUCGUGGUCCCUUACAUCGUAGAAAUAGCCGGCUUGGUCACUAGCCUCUCGCUUGCGCUCACGGAGCUCAUCAUCCCGCUCUACGCCUACUACAAAUUACGCAGUGCUGGUGCACACGACCGUGAGGCUCCUGACAGUGGGGAGCAAUCAACUGAGAAAACGGGCACUGCGAAUGAUGAAGCGGAAACACUUGAUCGGCGGCCAAGCGCAAAGGACGAUGAUGAUGAUCCCGACUCUUCGCCUCGUUCUGGUGGAGACCGUUCGAAAAAUCUCGUGGCCGAUACUAGCGACGCAAAAAGAAGAGAAGAUACGACAGUGCGGCUUAUUCUGCCGGAUUUCAAGGUCACUACAGGACUAGGUAGAAAUGAUGACGGCCUGAAGACCACCAACCACAGUGGAUCAUCGUUUGCGAACGCUCCUUUAGCAGAGGACUGUCGGCCCCUACUCCACGCGGACGAUUAUGCAGCAAGGACAGAGCAUGCCCCGCUGCACGAAAAAGUGGAAUCGAAAACGCAUGAAGGGAGAGGGAAGCACCUGCGGGCAGGAACAAAACGCAGAAGGGAGACUACCUGUUCGGCCUGCUUUCGUUCGUGCUCUCGUUCUGUCUUCCACAGCGUGGUCUUCCUCUUUGGCGGCAUGCUUUUCGUCUUCGCCUCGAUUGCCGGCAUGAAACGAAUAUCGACUAGAAUUGCGGAAGAUUACAAUUCCGGAAGCGGUGUUAUUUGCAACGGUCCAGUAGACCUGGAGGUGGAGGUGCACUGAUGCUGAAGAAGUUUCAUCGGGUGCUUUCACUUUUUUCAUGAUUCGGUCGGCUCUCGAGUACGAAAGUAUUCAAUCUAGAGAAUAAAGACAUUUUUUUUGGUAUGAUUUUUCAAUUGCUCAUCUUCUUCUUUUAAUGUAUCUAUCGUAUGUUCUAAGUUUUGACUUUUGACCGCGAAAUCGAGGCUCACUCUUUUUGACUUAUUUUUCCAUCGAUCUACAAUUUCAAUCAAAUAGCACAAGGAAAGCGAGAAGAAUGCUUCCAAUUUUCGCCACACUUGAAACGCUACCUUCUGUUUAUGGCUAGUAUCAGAAGGACAAACACAAACACGACAGAGAAGUGGUACAUAUCCUUUCAUUUUUUUCAGAAUCGACUUUGUCGCUCAUAUCAAUUCCUGACCAAAUAAAAAAUCACGCAAUCGCAAUGCUGCGUGUGCGUAUAUACAAAAAGGCGCGCUAGCACGG